AUGCGCGUCACUCUUUUAUCUUUCGCCCUUUUCACAACAUCGGUUCUGUGUCAAGAUGCCGAUCAUGCGUGGCAGACACCAGGAUCGAACGAUCGCCGCGCCCCGUGCCCCCUCCUGAACAGUCUCGCAAACCACGGCUACCUCCCCCGAAACGGCCAAAACAUCUCCGUCGACGCACUCAUCGAAGGCAUGCAUACCGGGCUCAACCUCCGCGAGGACGCAAAACUCUUCUUCCGCCUCCAAGGGAAUAAAGCUCUCGAGGCAUCAUCAACCGGAAACAAAGACACCUUCCACCUCAACGACUUGAACAAGCACAAUCUUAUUGAGCACGACGCGUCGUUGAGUCGAGCGGACAUCUACUUUGGUGACAACUGGUCCUUCAACCAGACGAUAUUCGACGAGACCAAGUCAUACUGGCCUUCAGAAACAAUCUCCAUCAGCGAUGCCGCUAAGGCGCUCGUUGCAAGGCAGAAGAGUGCAGAGAAGAUCAACCCAGAGUACAAGCUGCCACUUGACGGAUACACCAACUCGUUGGGGCAAACGGCCAUGUAUCUUGGUCUCUUUGGGGACUAUGACGAUGGAAACGCCAACAGGGCCUGGGUUGAGUACUUCUUUGAGAACGAGAGACUGCCGUUCGAGCUUGGCUGGCAGAGGCGUUCGGAUGACGACAAAAUCCCUGCCACCGGCAUACUGGCCCUUACUACGAAGGUUGCGGUUCACUAUCUUGCAGCAAAGAUUGGCCUAUAA